AUGCCGGCUUUCCCUCGGCGUGCUGCUUCUGAAGCGGAAAACUUAGAGCCGGAAGAAUGCAAGCUAGACCCGGCUUCACUUGCCGGCAUGCUUGAAGCUGAUGUCCGCGUUCGAAACCGCCUUCGGUACAGAGAGGAGGGAAAGCUUCUUAGGUGGAUGAAAAAUGAAAAGGGUAAUGAUGUGGUUGGGCAAUUGGCGAUGCCCAUCAUUGCCAUGAAUGUGAGGGUGCUUACUAUCCUAGCUCGAUACUGGUGCCCGAAAGCCAAGAAGGUGGCCAAGUCCCCUAGCAUCCAUUUGGUCAGAAAAGAGGCGAGGCUUUACUUUUGCACGCAGGUCCUUGAAUUGAAAGCUGCGUGCGGCUUCAAGCUUGAUUCCGCCCUUCUAGAGGCUGACCCAGCAGUCAAUGAGUUCUACGAGGAGUUGUUCGAACACUGGCGUCCUAAGGCGAAGCCGGUGCUGAUUGACUUGGAGAAGGAGGAUGACAGUGACAACGGGAUGGACCUGAGUGGGUUGUUUUCGGUGAAGGGUGAGGAGGAAGAAGAAGAAAGUGGGGGGAAUGAGAAUUCAUAUGCGUUGAUGGACCCUUACUUCACCCAAAUGAUGCCUGAUGAUGAGCUUUUGCUAGCUUUGGGCAGUGAACCAAUUGAGACUGGUGAGGGCGAGGGUGUUCACGCAGAGCAAGGCAAACAUGAGGACAAGGUUGAAUGUGAUGGUUUGGAGAAACCUCUUGAUCCACCUGGUGCAGUUGGGGUUGAGGGAAAGAGCCCAGCCAAACCCCAUGUUGAGCAACCGGAACCAGUGGGAUGUAUCUCUACCACACCAAAGGCUUCAGUUACCAAAGUCCCAUUCACCCCGGCGAAAGAGAUCUCCAACAAAGACCUUGAUGAAAAGAUUGCAAGCUUGAAGCGGCGGCUUGCAACGAAGAAGCCUCAGCCUGCCCAACCUUGUGCAAUGGAUGCUGUGGACACCCUGGCGUUCGAUGCGACUCAAGUGGCUUCUGACAUGCAGGAGGCUGGUGCUCCGAUUUGGGUUGAGGAUACACAAUCUGAUGGUGAUGGGCCUGGGGCAGUGUGCAGGUCUUUGGCAGCAGAUUUCAGCAGUGCCAUGUUUUCUGAAGAAGGUGAUCGAAAGGACCGCUUGGAUGCCAUGGAAGUUCCCAUACUCCAGAACCCGACGGGGGAGGUGGAUGAUCAAGGUUCUGACCAAAGGGUGGAGGAUGAAAACGAAAUGAAUGAUCAGCAGGUGGAGGCUGAUUUGGGUGGUGAGCACAUGGAGGCUGAAAAGAAUGAAGUGGGUGGUGAACAGGUGGGUACUGAGCAGGCGGAGGAUGUGAAAAUAGAGGCUGAGAAAAACGAAACGGGUGGUGAGGACAUGGAGGCUGAUGACAUUGGGAUGGGUGGUGGCGAGGUUGAGAAUGGAAAAGUUACAGCCGUUGGUGAACAGGUGGAGGAUGAGAAAGCGGAGAUGAUGAAUGAGGAGGUGGAGGAUGAUGAAGAAGAGAUGGCCCAACAGCUGUCUCAAAAGGAUUGUGACAUGGAGGAGGAGGAGGAGGAGGAACGAGAACCUGAAAAGUCAGUGGAUGACGAUGAACCUGUGGCUACUGACCUGGACCCCCUUAGCAAAACAAAGGAAACACAGCCUGACGUUGAAACCGGUGAGCCCCCCAUGGUUCGGCGGGUAGAACAGUGGCAGCAGAAACCAAAGGCAAAGGCCAAGGCCAAGGCAGGGCCUAAGGCCAAGGCAAAGGCCAAAGCAAAGAGCAAGGUGCAAGGGAAAGGCAAGGAAGCAAAAAGCAAGAAGAACAGUAAGAGAAAAGCAGAGGAGACUGUUGAAGUUUUGGCCUCAGGAGAGGAAGGUGAGGUUCCUGAGGAAGAGGUGGCAAAACCUUCGCAGAGAAAGCGUGUUGCAAGAAAGGCCCGAGCCAAGUCUGCAGCCAAAACAGAGCCAUCCGGCAGCAAUGAGCAUUCGGCCAAAGCCUCUGACAGCAAGGAAAACAAGGAGCCCCCCAUCAAAUACAAGCCAGUCACUGAGGAAGGUAAGGCUGACAUAGAAGAAGCUUUCAACUGGGAGGAAGGGAAUGGGAAGGGUCAGGCUGGUGAGGAAUGUGAGAGCGUUGCUGGGUCUGAUUUGGGUGAACAUGAGAAUCAGGAACCAGAACCAAACACUGACAAGAAAAAGAACGACUUGCAGUCUUUCGCCCGUCGCCCGCCCCCAAAGACUUCACCAUCAAGGGACAGGUGGUUGGUUAUCCGGGACGUUUUCAACGAGCAUUUGGUGCCUGCUUUGAAGUUGGUGGGAUUUCCGAUCUACAAAUGGGAGGUUGAAUGGUGGGAGUGGGCUAUGGACAAGUUGACUGAGGACAGCGUGAGCAACGAGAAUCUACGCGGCUUGGGUGGUGAUGCCAUCGCUGAGAAGUUGAAGCCUGUGGCCAUGCACCAACUGAGGGAGUUCUGUCGCGACUCUUGCAUUCCCACGGAAGAGUGGCCAAACCUGGAAUGA